GCCACGCCCCCGGCGCGCCCAGGACCCCCCAGGAAACCCCCCCGGCCAUGGAGCCCCCCCGAGAGGCGCCCCCUCCCCCCGAACUGGAAUUUGGGGGGCCCUGGGGUGCGGGGGCUCUGUCGCUGCUCCUCCCUUUGGGGCUCGUGGGGGUCGUGAGUGCCACCGUGGGGGAGGGGCGGGGGGGGGCCUGGGGGGCCCCUUCGCCCCCCCUGGCCGCGCCCACCCCCCCCACGCUGGCGCUGGUGCUGGCGUGGGUGGGGGCGCUCGGGAUGGGGGCCCGGAGACCCCCGAGGAGCCCCGGUGACCCCCCAGGACCCCUCCGGGACCUCGGCUGGCUGCUGUUGCUGGGGGGGGCCCUGGGGGGGUCCCUGGCCCUGGGGGUCCCCCUGCCCCCCCUGUGCCCCCUCCUCCCCCCGCUGGCUGCGGCCGCCUCCAGCGUCGCCUUCGGCCUCGCCCUCCUCAUCCUCGCGCGGCGGCGGCUGCGGGGCGGUGGCACCGGACACCCUGUGUAUGAAUUCUUCGUGGGGGGAGGAGCGGGGACCCCCCUGGAGCCCCCCGAGAAUCUGAACUGGGAGCGGGUCGGGCUCUGCGCCUGGUUCCUGGUGCUCUCCGCGGCCCUGGGGGAGCAGCAGCGCCUUUGGGGCUCCCCCUCGCUGGCCCUGGCGCUCGUGGCGGCCGCGCAGGGGGGGGCGGUGCUGCGGCGGCUCAGGGAGCUGAGUGUGAAUCCUGCCCCCGGCCCCGGGGGGUUCCUGGGGCUCUUUGGGGGUCUCGCCUGGGGCCCUUUCGGGGGUCCCCUCCCGGCGCUGCUGCUGCUGAGGAGACCCCAGCAGGGGCUGGGGGGCGCCGGGGGGGCGGCCUGUGGAGGGCUCUAUGCCCUGGGCUUGUGGAUCUUCCACGGCGCCACCACUCAGAGGAGCCUCUUCAGCCAUGACCCCCGAGACCCCCGGGUGGCCGGUCUCGCCACGGUUCCCACGGCCACGGGGCAGCUGCUGCUGGCCGGGGGCUGGUGGGGGCUCGUGCGACGCCCCGAUGACCUCGGGGAGCUGCUGAUGGCCUUGGGCUGGACCCUGCCCUGCGGUCUGUCCCCACCGCUGCUGCUGCUCCUGGCGGGGGCGGCGCUCCGGGAGCUCCGGGCUCUGCAGGGGGAGCGGCGGCAGCGGCGCCGCUUUGGGGGGGCCUGGGGGGGGCUGUGCCAGCGUGUGCCACACCGCCUGCUGCCCCUGCUCUACUGAGGGCCCCCGAGACCCCAGGGAUUGCCCACAUUGCCUGUGGGACCCCCAAGGCCCCCUGGGAUGGCCCACAUUGCCUGUGGGACCCCCAAGGCCCCCCUGGAAUCACCCACAUUUCCUGUGGGACCCCCAAGGCCCCCCCCAUCUACUGAAGCACCUUUGGAACCUCCCCAUCUCAACUCUCAUGUGGUUGUUUAUAAUUAAUGUAGUAGUUUCUAAUUAAUGGCCAAUCACAGUCCGGCUAUCCCAACUGUCUCGGUCAGUCACAAGCCUGUUAUCACUUUUUCUAUUCUUAACCAGCCUUCUGAUGAAAUCCUUUCUUCUAUUAUUUUAGUACUGUUUUAAUGUAAUAUAAAAUAACAUAUUGACCCUUCUGAAACAUGGA